AUGAACGAUUUUAAUUAUAGAAGCAAUAAAGAUUACAAAAGUGAUAAGAGUAGCAACUUAGAUCUAACGAGAGAUAUAACUCUAGAUAGAGGUAGAGAAUAUAUUCAUAUGUGUGAGAGUGUGAUAGAAAAAAAAGCAAUAAGAUUUUUUAUAAGUAUAACUAGUUUUAAAAGAAGUAAAUAUGUUAAUUUUUAA